GGGGCCUGCGCCGCAGCGGGACCAGUCGGCAGCUCCUGCAUCCCGGGCUAAGAGCAUCCUCCGGGCGGGGGCCGGCACCGCGGCGUCUCCGCACCGGGCUCCGCAUCCCGGCCGCCCCGGCCUCAGCUGUGGGCCAUGGCGGAGAUCACCAGCGUCCACCCCGGCUUCGACGUCUCCCCGGUCGUGGCAGGCCUCAUCGGCGCUACCGUCCUCGUGGUCUCCGUCUCGGUCACGGUGUUUGUGUGGACAUGCUGUCACCAGCAAGCAGAGAAGAAGCACAAAACCCCCCCCUACAAAUUCAUCCACAUGCUGAAAGGGAUCAGCAUCUACCCCGAGACCCUGAGCAACAAGAAGAAGAUCCACCGCAUCCGGAGAGACAAGGACGGCGCCGCCAAGGAGCCCGGGAGGGGAAACCUCCUGCUGGAUGCUGCAGAAUCUGGCCUGGUAGGCUCUGAGAAGGCUCCAGACGGGCCAGGCGCAGCCCCCCACGUCGACCAGCUCCCCAUCAAAGUGGAUUAUGGAGAUGAACUCAGCCCAGAUCAAAGCCUCACCCCGGGAGGCAGCAAAACCUCCUCCCCCUCCUCCCCGGGGGACGAGGUCCUGCUGGGGGAGUUGACCUUCUCGGUGGACUACAACUUCCCCAAGAAAGCUCUGGUGGUCACCAUCCAGGAGGCCCACGGGCUGCCAGUGAUGGACGAGCACAGCCAGAGCUCCGACCCCUACAUCAAGAUGACAAUCCUGCCCGACAAGCGGCACCGGGUGAAGACGCGCGUGCUGCGCAAGACGCUGGAGCCGCUCUUCGACGAGACCUUCACCUUCUACGGCAUCCCCUACAGCCAGCUGCAGGACCUGGUGCUGCACUUCCUGGUGCUCAGCUUCGACCGCUUCUCCCGGGACGAUGUCAUCGGCGAGGUCAUGGUGCCCCUGGCAGGGGUGGACCCCAGCACUGGCAAGGUCCAGCUGACCAGGGAGAUCCUCAAGAGGAACAUACAGAAGUGCAUCAGCAGAGGGGAGCUGCAGGUCUCCCUGUCCUACCAGCCCGUGGCGCAGAGGAUGACCGUGGUGGUGCUGAAAGCCAGGCACCUGCCCAAGAUGGACAUCACUGGCCUCUCAGGUAAUCCCUACGUCAAGGUGAAUGUCUACUACGGGCGGAAGCGCAUCGCCAAGAAGAAGACCCACGUGAAGAAGUGCACUUUGAACCCUGUCUUCAACGAGUCCUUCAUUUACGACAUCCCUGCCGACCUCCUGCCGGACAUCAGCAUCGAGUUCCUGGUGAUCGACUUCGACCGCACCACCAAGAACGAGGUGGUCGGGAGGCUGAUCCUGGGCGCGCACAGCGUCACCGCCGCGGGCGUGGAGCACUGGAGGGAGGUCUGUGACAACCCGAGGAAGGCGGUGGCCAAGUGGCACAGCCUGAGCGAGUACUAGCGGGGGGG